AAAUCGAUACUUCCUGCUGGUUAAAGAAAACCUUCAAGCACAUUUGCACCUUGUCGAUACUGUCUUUCAGUUCUGAGAUGGCCCAGCAACGCCCUUACCUGAAUCCACGACUGCCAUUUACGGGUCGUAUUCAGGGGGGCUUGUUUGAAGGCAAGGCUGUCACGAUCACGGGUAGGGUGCUGCCCGGAGCAGACAGGUUUCAUGUAAAUUUGCAAUAUGACGCAAAGGGGUCGUCAGAAAUAGCCCUUCACUUCAACCCGCGCUACAGCGGGAAUUCUGGCUGCGUGGUGUGCAACUCCUUCCACAAUUCAUCCUGGGGUUCGGAAGAGCGGAGCAGCAAAUCCCCGGUACCGAGGGGCGCCACCUUCAAUCUCACCUUCCUGGUCAACCGUGAUUCUUACUCGGUGAUAGUAAACGGAGCCCAUUUCUUGGAGUAUUUGCACCGUCUCGCUGUCUCAUGUGUGAACGCGAUUUCAGUGGGUGGAGGCGUAGAGAUCGAGUCUAUUGCUUUCCAAAAUCCGACUACUCAUUGCGUUCCAGAUGCCAGCUUUCCACACCAGCGAAAUAGGAGCAAAAACCAAACACCUCAUUUUGCGUCAUGGGCACUGCAACAACAGCCUUGUUGGGCUGCCCCACAAACCACAUCACUUCCGCCUCCUUACUAUCCCCCACAAGCUUAUGUUCUGCCAUACAAAACGUUUAUCCAAGGUGGACUUCACCCAGGAAAAGUGAUUAUGGUGCAGGGCACCGUUAACCACAAUGCAGACAGGUUUUGCAUCAACCUGCGCUUCGCCACUGGCCUCGCGCUUCACCUCAACCCGCGGCUCAACGAGGGCGUGGUGGUGCGUAACAGCCUGCUGCAUGACAGGUGGGGUCCGGAGGAGAGGAGUGGAGGCAUGCCUUUCUACAGAAACCAGCCUUUUACGGUUGCCAUUGUUUGCGACACCCAGUGCUACAGGAUCAACAUCAACGGUGUACAGAUGUUCACCUACAACCACCGCCAUUGUCUUUCUCAGAAGAUUGACAUACUGGAGGUCGAUGGCAAUCUUAACCUCACCUCCGUAACAGUCUAACAGUCAUUGGAAGUCAUCAGGAAGCUAUUGAUUAUAAUGUUCUAUCCAUUUUGUUACUAUUUGGCAAGUAAAAAUUCAUCGAGGCAUUGAUUUUAAAGAUGGUAAUUAGACAUAAUCCAUUUUUGAAUGUUAUAAUGAAUUAUUAUAAUAAAUGUUUUUGGGUUAUUGUCAAAUAUGCAAAUGCAUUAAAUUCACAAUGCAAUGCUUGGUAUACUUCUUUUUUAAUAUUUGCAUUUCACUGUAUUUUGUCUAAAUAUUUAUAUAUUCAGUGUAUUUAAAAAAAAAUAAUAAUUCUGAAUCUGUAUCUGUACCAGGCUAAAUUUAUGCUUUCGUGAUUUGCACCCGUUUUCUGUGAAUGAAUGCCUACUGCAUGUAGAGGGCUGCUUCUCCCUCCAUUACAGCUUCUGCGAUGCAAUAUUCACAUUUUGCUUUCAGGUCUCAUACAAAAAUGUUGGAUAUUUUAUUAAUCUAUUAAUGAACUAACUGGAGCUGUUUUAUCCUCCAUCUACUGUUCACUUGAUGGUAUGAAUCUGUGAUGUGCAGACACACACUUGUGGUUAUGUCUGCCAUGACCUGUAGGGCGCAGAAUCUAGCCUGUAUUCAGUGGGUGCAGAAAAUAAGCUGCUCUGAAGGGAUUUGUGGGGAUUUUGAUGUUGCAUAAUUGUCUUAUAUUAAAAUCAAACAUUGUUACAGAUCAUUUACAAAAUCUA